AUGAUGAAUUAUUCGGUAACUGGAAAAUAUAUUGAAGCUCUUGUGGCGCAAUAUUUGAAGAAAAAUGGGUUUGAAGAGACAUUGAGUUCUUUUUUGAAGGAAGCGUCUCUUCCCUUGGCUGUGGUAGACGAUAAGGAACAAUUACAGGUAGAAGAUGAUUUGGAAACAAUUGUUGCAGACAGAAUUAAAUUUAAUGAACAUUCACUUGCUCUCAAAAUGGGCAGGUUGAAGUUAAACGACAACAUAAGCGAAUCAGUGGCACUUUUCAAAUCUUGGAAUCAUACUGUGAAAUUCACCUCUGUUCUCAAGAGAGAACUUAAUGCCCUCACAAUUGCAGCCCAGUUCUGUAAUGACAAUAAUGAAAUUAUAUUGUCGAUGUCCAAUAGAGAAAUUUUGUUAUAUAACGCAGAUCAGUUCGAGCAAGUGAGUAAACUUUCUCAGCCUUCAAAUAACGCCGGCAUUAGCAAACUCUGUGGAACAUUCAAUGAUGAAAAUAGUUCAUAUUAUUAUGCAACUUCAAUGAAUGGAAUGCUGACUUUAUAUGAUGCCACAGGUGCAUUCAUUGACAAUGCCACUUGGAAAAUACACGAUAAAAUGAUUACUCAUAUCAAAAUCUGGAAAUGUAAUAUGGUCUGGUACGUUAUUAGUACAGGUUUAGAUAAUUGUCUGAAGCUAAGUUGUUUGAAUCUUCCUAAAGACGGAAUCCCUUCAUUAAAAACUACAUGUGAAGAGAAAUUGUCCUCCUCCUGUACAGCUUUAGAAUUGCAAUUUCAAGAUUUUACUGAGAAAGAUAUUCUUGUUAGGAAACCUAUGAUUUUAAUUACUAAAGAAGAAUCAACACAACUUUCGUGUUUCACUGUCGCUACUAGUGGAAAGCUGGAGUUAUUGUACAAUUUGGCGUUGAAUAAUACACAAUUCACAUCACAUUCUUUUACUGUAAGAGACAUGGUUACUCUAGAUAAAUCAUUACUAUUUAAACCAUCACUUGAAGAAAAAUAUUUAGCCAUUGUUACUUCACAUGUGCCGUAUAUGAGAUUGAUUUUAGUACGAUUACCUACUUCUAAGGAACUUCAGGACCGGGAACUUAGGUCUGCUUCCGAAACCUCCUAUUCCACAACUCUUUACGGCAAUAUAGUAGCCAACAUGGUUACUAAAGUGGGCCAAGAUGGUUACUCUCAGCCGAUUCUAAAAAAACUGGAACAAUUGAAUGGACUUGUUGUUGGUGCCAACGAUGGAUUAUAUGCUAUUGAUAUUGCAAAUGGUGAUUCUUGGAGAUUUCGAACGACAAAUGAGUUUAAGCAUGAUAGAGUUAAAUGUCUAGAUGUAAACCAGGAUGGUUCUAUGAUUGUAGUAGGAAUGGCAGAUAGGUCCAUAUAUGAACUAGCAACAAAAUAA